CACCCAGCAACCGCCCGGGCCGCGCAGGGACCUGGCGCCGGCGAAGCUCACCAAACCAGUUACUGACUCGACCCGUCCCACGAGCGAAAGUUGGAAAUAAAUAAUACCUAAACCUUCUUCUCGACAUGGUAUCAAAACAGAGCUAUUGCUGAGAGUUUGAUAUAUAAAGAAGUUAUGGUUCGACUGACCUUGGAUCUAAUUGCCAGAAACAGUAAUCUUAAACCCGGAAAAGAAGAAACCAUUUCACAGUGGCUGAAGAAGAUAACUCAUAUAAAUUUUUCAGACAAAAAUAUAGAUGCAAUUGAAGACCUCUCUCUUUGCAAAAAUCUUAGUGUUCUAUAUUUAUAUGAUAACCGUAUUCGUCAAAUCAUUAACCUGAAUUAUGCCACAAAUCUGACCCACCUGUACCUACAAAACAAUUGUAUUUCAUAUAUAGAGAACCUAACAUCAUUAAAGAAACUGGAAAAACUGUAUCUGGGAGGCAAUUACAUUGCUGUCAUAGAAGGUUUAGAAGGGUUAAAAGAACUAAGAGAGCUUCAUGUUGAGAGUCAGAGGCUUCCCCUUGGAGAAAAGCUUCUGUUUGAUCCAAGAACUCUUCAGUCUCUGGCAAAGUCCCUGUCUGUAUUGAAUAUCAGCAAUAAUAAUAUUGAUGACAUUAGAGACUUAGAAGUACUGGAGAAUCUCAAUCAGCUCAUAGCAGUUGACAAUCAGCUUCUGAAUGUGAAGGAUUUGGAGUAUUUACUGAACAAGUUGACGAAGUUGUGGAAAAUGGAUCUAAACGGAAAUCCUGUUUGUCUCAAACCAAAAUACAGGGACAAACUGAUAUUGGUGUCCAAAUCACUAGAAUUUCUUGACGGAAAAGAAAUUAAAAAUGUGGAAAGACAAUUCCUAAUGAAUUGGAAAGCAUCCAAAGAUGCCCAAAAAAUCAGCAAGAAAAAAAGCAGUAAAAACGAGGAUGCAAGCAACUCAUACAUAAGUAACUUUGAAUCAAUGCAUCACAUAGUUCCUGUUUAUUACCCACAGAUGGGUAAGCCAACAUUAGUCUUCUUCUCUGAAAUACAGAGAUACCCUGUAACUGGAAAUGCAUCUCCAGAAAGCUCCCAAGAAGAUAACAGAAAAAUUAUUGAAGAUAUGGGGAACCUCUCUUUGAAAAAAAUCUGAAAGCUUGCUGACAAAAAAUGAUGUGCAUGAACCUCACCUUCUAGAGAACACAAAAGUAUAAGACAAUUUGUUUGUAGAAAACAAUUCAGCCUCAAGUGAUCUGAAACGUUUGGUUUUUUUUUUUUUUAACUUUAUAGGACCAGGCAACAACAUCUUUUGUGGGCUUGUGGUUUUACGGUAUCUCAUUACAUUCAAAAACCCUUUAAGUUCCUGUUUGAUUUGCUUCUUUAUACAAUCUGAAACAUGGCUUUCCACAUGUGAAUUCAAGGAUCCAAGUGAUUGCUUUAUACUUCAUCAUAUACACUUUACUGAGAAAAGAUGUGCUUUCUCACUCGCAGUGGAAAUCCUUUUUGAAUCAAUGGAAUUUUGGUGUGCUGCUUUCCAAAGUGUAAAUCUAAUUACAGUUAUCGGACGAGAAUUGAGAUUAAAGACUAAGGAUCAUUCUGAUUCACUAACAUACUUAAUGUGUGGGCCGGUACAUCCAAAUAGCGCCACCAUUACUAAUGACCGCUUGGUACAAUCGUUCCAAUGUAGAAAUCUACUGGAAAGUAUGAGAUUACGUUGCACAC